AUGAAUCUUGAAUCAUUGGCAAACGAGUUACUUAUCGAUCUAUUCGAGUUUUUAUCUUCCGCUCAUCUUCUUCAUGCAUUUCAUGGUCUCAAUUCUCGCUUUGAUUCUCUUCUUCUUGUUCAUUUUCAUACUCAUAGUCUCGAUUUUCGAUCAAUAUCAAAACAUGAUUUUCUUGCAAUAUGUCAACAUCUUUCGGUAUUUGCCAAUCAAAUACCUUCACUUUAUCUCUCAGAUAAAGACGAUACUCCUGGACAAGUUGAUCAAUUUUAUUCUCAGGAUUUUACUUUGUGUCACUUCACGGCUUUAAAAUCAUUAUCAGUAUAUCAUCUUCAUUCUGAUGAUACAAUGAACAAAAUACUAUUAGAUUUACCUUAUUUAUCUAAUAUUACACAUUUGACUUUUGAUGAAUGUUGUUUUUCAUAUGAUGAAACAAAAACUCUCACUUUUGUAAACAUCAUAUGGAGUUUACCUAAACUUACACAUUGCUAUAUGAAAAUGCAAUUUAAACCUCAAAUUUAUUUUCCUAUACCAACCGUAAUUUCAUCAACUAUUGAACAUCUAUUUAUUAGUGAUAUCGAACCGCAAUUUAAUCAAAUGACUCGUCUAUUACAAACUACACCAUAUCUUCAAUAUCUUUCUAUAGAUUUUCAUUUCAAUUUUUCUGAAGAAUAUCAAUCAUCAAUUAUUACAUCAAUCAAUACCUUGAAUGUGUCAUUUUUCUCGAUAGAUUAUAAUAUUUUAGUAAAUUUUUUCAAAUAUACGCCUAAUUUAUGUCAAUUAAAAGUCGAUUUACCUGAUAUGUAUAUAGAUGGGAAAACAUGGGAACAAAUCAUUCAAACAUAUUUACCUAAACUUAAACAAUUUCAAUUUCGAAUGAACAAUGAAUCUGAUAAUGAUGAUAAUGAUAAAGAACAGCAAAUCAAUGAAAUAUUGAACUUAUUUCGAACUUCAUUCUGGCUGAACAAGUAUCAAUUAUUUGUUCAAUGUGAUUGGAAUUCACAUAGUAACAAUAUUUUUCUUUAUAGUUUACCAUAUGCUUUUGAUAAUUUUUAUUUUCAAUCUCCUAUGCUAUCAAAAUCAACUUAUCAUUAUGAUAAUCAACAGUGGUCAUAUAAUAAUGUACAUCGACUUACUUAUAAGACUGGUUUAUCCGAAUGGUUGACUCUAUCUCAUAUACAAUUUAAUAAAAUACGAGAACUUUGUGUAUAUCUUCCUAUUGAUGAAUAUUUCUGGUCAAUCAUUCCAAAACUUGAACGAUUAAUAUUACUUGAUGUAUUAUCGAAUGGUGAAAAUGAAAAUUAUGAUAUUCAAUUACAGACUCUACUUGAUCGAGCACCUCAUGUAUCUAUAUUACGUCUUCGUAAUUGGUCAUCAACGAUUUCAAAAAUUUUACCAAUUCGAAAAACAAAUCUUUCACUCUUGCAAUUAGAUUUAAUGUGGUAUAAAUGGUACGAUCAUGAAGAAUGUGCUAUGUUGAGUCAGUUAUUGUUAGAUAUUCAAUGUAAUGUACUAUUAAUUGAUGUUACCAAUCGAAAAUGUAUACUUGAACUUGUUCAUACAAUAAGCAAUCUUCGAGCGCUCAAUGUUCGAUGUCAAGACGAUAAAUUGGAUAGCAGUACAACAUUGAUUGAUGACGAACUUAUCAAUUGGUUACAACAAUAUCUACCAUCAUCAUCGACAAUAACUAGAGACUAUUAUCCAGUUCGUUGUAUUCGAUUAUGGAUUCGUUAA